AGAUGAUGAAAAAGAACAAAAUGCAUGUGAGAGAGAGAAUGUUUGGACUCGUGUGCCACGCCACUGGCAGUGGCAGCAAGCACAUGAAACGAGCCCGGGCUGAGAGAGAGAGAGAAUGUUUAGACUCGUGUGCCACGCCACUGGCAGCAAGCACAUGGAACGAGCCCGGGCUGAGGCGUGACGGGCGUGGCGCACUCGCGACCACUCGCCAUGGCGUCGGAGUACAAAAUCUUGCUCUAUAUGCCUGCGUGUCCGGCAGGGUCGCAGCUAGGAUCGUCCCCGCGACGACGAUGGUGUCGACUAAGACGGUGUGCGUGGUCGGCGCCGGCGUCUCGGGCCUGAUCUCCGCCCGCGAACUGCGCCGGGAGGGCCACGACGUGACGGUCAUGGAGCAGAGCGCCGGCGUCGGCGGGCAGUGGCUGUACGACCCGGGGACCGACGCCGGCGAUCCCCUCGGCAUCGCCGGCGUGCACAGCGGCGUCUACGCCUCUCUCCGGCUCAAUGCGCCAAGGGAUAGCAUGGGCUUCUCCGACUUCCCCUUCUACCCCCGACACGACGGCACCGGCGACUCCCGGCGCUACCCCUGCCACGGCGAGUUCCUCAGGUACAUCAGGCACUUCUGCGACGCGUUCGGGCUCAUGGACGCCGUCAGGCUCAACACCAAGGUCCUGCACGUCGGCAUGGCGGCCCGCGGCGACGACGGCGGCGUCAUGCGGUGGACGGUGAGGAGCGCCAAACAAGGUGAGGCUGAUCAGGCAACGGUGGAGGUGUUCGACGCCGUCGUCGUCGCCUCCGGCCAGUACUCCCAGCCAAAGCUCCCAACCAUCAACGGCAUGGAGAAUUGGAGGAGGCGGCAGCUGCAUUCCCACUCGUACCGCGUCCCCGACUCCUUCCGCGGCGAGGUCGUCGUCGUCGUCGGCUGCGGCGAGAGCGGCAAGGAGAUCGCGUUGGAGCUCCGCGAGGUGGCGAGGGAGGUGCACGUCAGCGUCAAGUCCAUGGACGACGGCGCCGUCGUCCCCGGCAUGAGGAAAGCUGUGUCCAGGCACCACAACCUUCACCUGCACCUCCAGAUCGAGUGCUUGUGCGAGGAUGGGCGGGUAAUGUUCGCCGACGGAUCGUGUGUCGUCGCCGACGCCGUCAUCUACUGCACUGGGUACGACUUGUCGUUCCCGUUCCUGGACACGGGCGGGCUCGUCACCGUCGACGACAACCGCGUGGGCCCGCUGUACGAGCACACCUUCCCGCCGUCUCUGGCGCCGUCGCUCUCCUUCAUCGGCCUGCCCAGGACGGUGGCCGUGCCGCUGUUCUACGAGGUGCAGGCGAGGUGGGUGGCGCAGGUGCUAUCCGGCCGGAGAUCGCUGCCGUCGCCGGAGGAGAUGAUGCGCUCCGUCGAGGAGUACCACCGCGCCAGGGAGACCGCCGGCGUGCCCAAGCGCCUCUCGCAUGCCAUCUUCUUCGACUUGGAGUACUGCGACGAGUUCGGGGAGAAGCACUGCGGCUUCCCGCGGCUGCCGGAGUGGAAGAAGGAGCUCCUCCGGGCGGCCGUCACACGCUUGUGCGACGACACGGAGACGUUCCGUGACGACUACCACGACAGCGACCUUGUCCUGCAAGGCCUGCGCUCGGAGGGCUGGCUUAAGACCGAGGACAACGAUGGCCAAGACGACGACGUCAUACCAGAGCCAGAGCCACUACACCCACCGCCAAAGAUCUGCACAUGAUAAAUUUAUUUAAUGCACGUGUCCAUAAUCUGUAUUCUAGGUCUUUUUUUUUCAUUUUUUGAACUAUAUUCAAAUAUUUACGUUCCAAUCCAAAUCCAUAGCUUUCCUCGAAUGCCUAUACAUUCCUUUUUUUUGGAUUGUA